AUGGCGACUACCAAGGGCGGCGAAAGCACUCCCAACCGUGCGGUUGUGUACACGGAGCCCGGCACCACCCAGACGGAGGUCGUGGAAUUACCGAUCCCGGAGCCUGGUCCCGGAGAGGUUUUGGUUCGGCUACAAUACUCUGGCGUUUGUCACACUGAUUACGGCUUUUGCAUGAAUGCCUUCUCAUCGGUCCCAUUUCCCACACCGAAAGGUCAAGUUGGGGGCCAUGAGGGAGUUGGUGAAGUUGUUGCUGUUGGCACAGGUGUCAUAUCACCAGCAAUCGGCGACAGGGUUGGCAUCAAAUAUGCAGCGGACGCUUGUCUAAACUGCGAUCGAUGUCUCCAAGGCGGCGAAUCAUCAUGUGCGCAGGUAAAACUCUCUGGCUACUUCACCCCUGGCACAUUUCAGCAAUACUGUAUAUCAACGGCACGAUAUGUCACCCCGGUCCCCGCAGGCCUCGGUUCCGCCGAAGCUGCGCCCCUCAUGUGCGGCGGUCUCAGCGUCUACACGGCCCUCAAGCGCGCCGACGCCCGCCACGGCGACUGGGUGGUCAUCGUGGGAGGCGGCGGGGGUCUCGGUCACCUCGCCAUCCAGUACGCCCGCGCGAUUGGGUGCCGUAUCUUGGCUAUGGACCUCGGCGCCAAGGAGAAAUUCUGUCGCGACCUCGGGGCGACGGAGUUUGUCGAUUUCACGGCCUACCCGAACGAUCAAGACCUGACAGCGGCGAUCAAGACCAUCACGGGUGGAGGUGCGAAAAUCGUGCUCGUGUGCUCUUCUAACAAGAAGGCCUAUGUCCAAUCUCAAAGUUGGCUGGGUUUCCGGGGCAAGAUGGCCUGCCUGGGUGUUCCCGAGCACAGCAGCCCGGCCGUUGGGGAUGUCGAGCCCAUGCUCGCUAACGAGUUGACUAUUUUUGGUGUCAAGACUGGAAAUAGACUCGAAGCCAAGGAGUGUCUGGAGCUCGCAGCGCGAGGCAACAUCAAAACUCAGGUCCAAAUUCGGCGGAUGAGAAGCUUGACAAAGAUAUUCACCGACAUGGAGUCGGGGGCAAUUCAGGGGCGUGUAGUGCUUGAUUUGAACUAG